GAGUCUGACAUACAACAAUAUGGUGCGCAUGCCCAAACGAAAAGAAUUGAUAAAUGGCUUUAAGUGCGGUCGUAGCUUCCGUUGGUGGUUUAAUAUUCAAAGCCAGUGCGGCUAAUAAAGCAGCCGCUACGGCUGGUGUAGCGGUGGGUGCGUCUAAACUAGGUCUUGCCAUAGCCGGUGCGGUUAAAUUGGCCACCACUGUUAUCGGUGUUGGUAAAUUAACAAUUUUGCCCUUUCUUGUAGCCGCCAUUGCCUAUUAUAAUUACGAUCUAUUCGAUCCGGAAAAUCGUCCAUUUAAUGUGCAAAAAAUCGAUCGUUCCUAUGAUUUUAUUAUAAUCGGUGGCGGCUCGGCAGGUAGCGUUCUAGCCUCUCGACUAUCCGAAAUAUCACAAUGGAAAGUUCUAUUACUAGAAGCGGGUGGUCAUGAAACCGAAAUAACCGAUGUCCCACUACUCUCGUUAUAUUUGCACACCAGCAAAUUGGAUUGGAAAUAUAGAACACAGCCUCAACAAAGUGCCUGUCAAGCUAUGAAAGAUAAGCGUUGCCGUUGGACUAGAGGUAAAGUGUUAGGCGGUAGUUCUGUAUUAAAUACUAUGCUUUACAUAAGGGGUAAUCGUCGUGAUUUUGAUCAGUGGGCCUCCUUUGGUAAUCCUGGCUGGAGUUAUGAAGACGUUUUACCCUAUUUUCGUAAAUCUGAGGAUCAACGAAAUCCGUAUUUGGCACGUAGCAAGAGAUAUCAUGGCACAGGUGGUCUUUGGACGGUACAAGAUGCCCCCUAUAAUACGCCUUUAGGCCCAGCAUUUUUGCAAGCAGGCGAAGAGAUGGGUUACGAUAUAGUCGACGUUAAUGGAGAACAACAAACUGGAUUCGCUUUCUAUCAAUUCAAUAUGCGUCGGGGCUCGCGCUGCUCGACGGCCAAAUCAUUUUUAAGACCGGCUCGUUUACGUAAAAAUUUACAUGUUGCCUUAUUUGCUCAUGUUACGAAAAUUCUAACUCACCCGCAAACGAAAAGAGCUAUUGGCGUACAAUUUAUUCGCGAUGGUAUACUGCAGACAGUUUACGCUACACGAGAGGUGAUAUUAUCAGCGGGCGCCUUAGCUUCACCGCAUUUAUUAAUGUUAUCGGGUAUAGGUCCAGCUGAAGAAUUGCAAAGAGUGGGCAUUCCACUAGUGUAUAACGCGCCCGGAGUCGGACAAAAUCUGCAGGAUCAUAUCGCCGUUGGUGGCUUGGCUUUCCUUAUUGAUUAUCCCAUAUCGAUAGUUAUGAAACGCUUAGUUAAUAUUAAUACAGCUUUACGGUACGCUGUCACUGAGGAUGGACCUUUGACUUCAAGUGUAGGUCUGGAAGCUGUAGCUUUUAUUAACACAAAAUACGCUAAUUCAAGCGAUGAUUGGCCCGACAUAAACUUUAUGUUAACCUCUGCUUCAGUUAUGUCCGAUGGAGGCUCCCAAGUAAGAAUCGCUCAUGGGUUAUCGGAUGAAUUCUACAAUGAAGUCUACAGCGAAAUAAACAAUCGCGAUGUUUUCGGUGUAUUUCCCAUGAUGUUGCGACCGAAAAGUCGAGGUUUUAUCAAAUUGGCUUCCAAGAAUCCUCUACGGUAUCCAUUAUUGUAUCAUAAUUACCUCACACAUCCGGAUGACGUUAAUGUUCUAAGAGAAGGUGUUAAAGCCGCUAUAGCUGUCGGUGAAACUCAAGCAAUGAAAAGAUUUGGAGCUCGUUUCUGGUCUAAGAAAUUGCCGAAUUGUCGGCACCUGCCUCACUUCACCGACGACUAUUGGGACUGCGCGAUACGGCAAUAUACUAUGACUAUUUAUCAUAUGUCGGGCACAGUAAAAAUGGGUCCACCUAGCGAUCCAUGGGCGGUUGUUGAUUCUCAACUUAGAGUUUAUGGCGUACCUGGCUUAAGAGUGAUAGAUGCCAGUAUUAUGCCAACUAUAACCAAUGGCAACAUCCAUGCUCCGGUAGUUAUGAUAGCCGAAAAAGGAGCGGACAUGAUUAAAGAAUUAUGGUUGGAUGCGACACAGUAUCGUGCAAAACGAAGCGGUGACGAUGAAAGCGAGGCCUGUAAUAUCACCGAAGCGUCUACCAUAACAAUGGAACGAGACUCUCAUACAAAAGGAAUUUCAUAGCCCCUUAAAGCGUAAAUUUAAAUGCUUAGAUGCUUAAAUAAUUUUAAUUAGUUAAUUAGUUUGUUUUAAAAAUCAUUAUUUAUUUUUCAUGCUUUCUUUAUCAGUGUUGUCUUUUAUUCGUUCGAAGAUUUAGUUUC